AAAACCAUAUAUUGCCGGUAUGGUAGGUAUCUUAAUCGAUAAGCUUACCUCUGUAAAUCUGCACUUUCAUAUCGUAUAUCGUCAUUGUCGUUAUUUGCGUAUCCUGGUGCUUCUAUGAGUCACUCACUAAAGUGAAGUUUCAUGCAUUCUCUCACUGGGUUGAAUUUUAUGUCAAUCUUAAAAGGUCUUUAAGCUUAUCAAAACUUUCCUACAUACCAAAUUUUUUCAUUUUUUUUAUAUAACUCGACUAAAAACAUUUCAAUAUCUGAGCAAGUUGGCGUCUGUAAUUUCAAGUCGCAGAUUUAAAACUGUUCGAGCUAUUUUCAACUCCUACAGUACAAUGUCUCAAGACCUCCCAAGGAUGAACACACAAAUUCUCAGAGUACCAGAGACAGAACUAGGGAAAUUUAAGGAUGGAAAUGAUCAGGAAAAACUGGGAUUAUGGGAGGUUUCUCAAAGCAAGUCACCUAGUAUCAGAAUCCUUAAUGAGGCCGCACAAUAUCUGAAAACUAAGAAUACGCCCGUUGCAUUUCCAACUGAGACUGUCUACGGGCUCGGAGCAGAUGCCACAAGAAGCGAAGCAGUAAAAGGGAUCUAUACUGCAAAGAAAAGACCAUCGGACAAUCCCCUUAUUAUUCAUAUCUCGGAUCUAGAAAUGCUUCGAAGCAUUCUAACCCCUGAGAAUGCUUCUAAUGGCACAACUAACACAAGCAAUGACCAAAUACCUAAGAUAUACAAAUCUCUUAUAGAAAGAUUUUGGCCGGGACCUCUAACAUUGCUGCUCCCCAACCCAGUUUCGUCUAAGCUUGCCCCUGAAGUGACGGCCGGAUUGAAGACUUUUGGUGUUCGAAUGCCAAAUUCACCCCUUGCUCUCUCACUUAUCAAACUAACAGGCGCGCCUCUGGCAGCUCCAUCAGCAAAUGCUUCCACAAAGCCAUCGCCGACUACUGCCGAGCACGUAUUAGAAGAUCUAGAUGGCCGUAUUGAGUUUAUACUUGAUGGCGGUCCGUGUUUCGUCGGGGUUGAGAGUACCGUAGUAGAUGGUCUAUGCGACCCUCCUUUGAUCCUGAGGCCUGGGGGAGUAAGCAUAGACGAACUGCGGAGUUGUCCUGGAUGGGAGAAGGUUGAAAAGGGGUAUAAGGACCAGAGUGAAAUGGGCAAGUCUGCGCCGCGAGCGCCAGGCAUGAAGUAUAAACACUAUAGCCCAAAGGCAACGGUUAUUCUCUACGAGGCAUCCUUCGCGGCGAGCUAUAAUGGCAUACAAGCCCAGGACGUCAAAACCUUCAUCCAAGGCCGGCAAUCCCAGCAAAUAUCAGGAAACGGAAGUGAUGGAUUGCAGAUCGGUAUUAUACGGACUCGACAUUGGAAGCCCGCAGCCGGAUUGCGCUGCGGCGACUUCAAAAGCGAGACUGUGAAAACACAAAACGGCCAAGAGAACCACUUGACAAUUGAACUCGACGUUCAAGAAGCAGAACUCUAUGAUAGCACGACUGAAGCUCCGAUUGGGAAGCUUAUGGAUGUGAGCAUAGGGAUGGACACCAGAAGCAUAGCGCAUGGACUUUUUUCGGCGUUACGAGAACUGGAUAGGCGAGGCGCGGAUCUCAUAUUUGUGGAGGGCACAGUAGACGAUGAGGACAUUGGCGCGGCGGUCAUGAACAGGCUGCGCAAGGCAGCUUCUCAGAUUAAGUCGUAGACCAUAACCGGUGCGACACACCGCUCAGCUUAAUGACAUUCCGUUAAGAACAAAUAACGACUUUUUACCAACGCCACGCCGGAGUCUACAUUGAAGGUCAUCUCGCAAGUCUCCACGCUUCGGAGAACUAGUCUCUUACAAGCCUUGCCUUAACCAAUCUGUCAAUUUGGCCUUUCCUAAUUGCGCCAAAUUGUUCACUCCUUGUUCGCUGAGGUCGAUACGGCUGAGAUUAACAUCCUGCGUCGGCGCCUUGCUAACUCUCUGUACGAUGAUGGUCGGGUCAGUCUCUAAGAUGAUACCGUCAUCCACGAUCUCGUCGAUCGCCAGCGAGACUAGAUCGUAAUUCUCGAUUAUCGUUCGCUUAUCAACCGAUUGCCUGCCCUUGGGUUAACUUGGUACCAGUAGAAUCCCAGCUAGCGAACAUACUUAAAUAGGAGGUGUAGCGAAUCCCUUAGGGCCAAGAUGACGUU